UUUGUGACCUCACCGGGUGGCCAAGGGCAUUGCCGGCAGCGCCAGCGCCACGGGCAGUCUGUCGGCUGCUGCCCCAGUGGCAACAAGCCCUCAGUUGUUGCAGUGCCACGUGUCACUGGAACCAUGAAUGUUCUCCUCCUUGUCCUCGUCCUGCUGGCCCUGUGCGGGCCUGUGCAGGGCACGUGGGACACCUGCGAGACCUGCGGACUCCGGCCCUUGGAUUAUGAUGGCUCUGGCAUGACCCGUGUCGUCGGGGGCAGAGAUGCUCAGGCGGGGGCCUGGCCCUGGAUCGUCAGCAUCCAGAGCCCCUGGGAAGCAGGCACGGGGCACAUCUGCGGAGGGUCCCUCAUCGGCACACAGUGGGUCCUCACAGCAGCCCACUGCUUCACCGAGGCCAUGAACACCGAGAUGUGGCGUGUGGUGGCCGGUGCCACCGACCUGACUCAGCUGGGCCCUGAGGUUCAAAUACGCAGCAUCAAGCAGAUCUUUGUUCAUGAAAACUAUAAUAACAUCUCGCAGAGGAACGACAUCGCCCUGCUGGAGCUGGACCAGCCCGUGCAGUGCAGCUCCCACGUGCAGCUCGCCUGCCUGCCCAAUGCCACGCUCAAAGCGUCGCAGCUCACGACCUGCUACGUCAGUGGCUGGGGCGCCACCCAUGAGGAAGGCGGAACGUCCGAUGUGCUGCAGGAGGCCAAGGUCCCCCUCAUCGACACCCACGUUUGCAACAGCAGCGGGUGGUACCGCGGGGCCAUCCACACCCACAACCUGUGUGCGGGAUACCCGCGGGGCGGCAUCGACACCUGCCAGGGGGACAGCGGUGGUCCUCUGGUCUGCAAAAAUCGCCAUUCUGACCACUUCUGGCUGGUGGGAGUGACCAGCUGGGGAAGAGGCUGCGCCAGAGUCCGUCGGCCGGGGAUCUACACCUCCACGCAGCACUUCUUAGACUGGAUCCUGGUGCAGAUGGGGCUGCACCCACCAGAGGCGGCUGCACCAACAGCACAGCCAACACCCACGGGCAAGGCGUCCUGUCCACUUCCACGUCGGAAGAUGGCAAAGUUUGUUAAAAUUCUCCAGGAUCUCCUGAAGGCCAUCAAGGAAAUAAUGGCUUGAGCAGCAGGAUGGGCAUGAUCUGGUGCAGUGACCCUUGCCAGUUUUGAAUCUGCACUUAAGCCUUUCAUUCAAUUCCAGCCAAUCUUUCUGUAUAACUCAGAAUUCUUUUAUUCACCAACUAAUGUUUCAAAGUUGACAGACAGGAGCUACUUUCCUCUUGUGAUCCCCUUCAAUAAAUUGAAACUUGCUGCUAAAUCAAAGUCUCAACCGAUUCCACCCACAAAAAGGCCUUAAUCCCGCACGAUGCUGGGAGCUGGUCCCUCUCCACACAUCACACUGGGACCUGGAGAGGUGCAGCGUGCCAGAAGCUGCAGUCCCUUCACGCCACGAUAUGUGGGGAGCUGAAGCUCUUCACCCCACUGCAGGCUGCAGGCUGGUGCCAUUUGUUCCAUGGUCUGCUAAGAGUUGGUAUGGACAAGCAGUGGUAUGGACACCGUCCCCACCAGCGUUAGUACCAGAGGACAGCUGGAUAGCACAGUCAGUCUUGUUCAAGGCAGCUGUGUUCCAAGCUGACUCCAGAGAGCGCGUCUCACAAGGGUUUGGGUCCACGGGAGUCCCUGAAAUACAUUGGGUUCAGUCCUUACAAACUCAGAGUCCUGAAGAGCACAUUAAGGUUAAAAGGGGGAAAGCCAAAACAUAUUAUCUUGGAUGGGAUGAUUGACACAGGAGUAGAUGUUAUGGUGAUAUCUCAUGCGAAAUGGCCUGACCCCUGGCUGCUAAAAGCCAUAAAUCCAGCUUUAUUUGAAAUCGGCUGGACCGCUACAUCCUUUCAAACUGUAAACCGCAUACAAAUCGAGGGACUCGAUGGUAAAAUGGCUGUAGUUCAACCCUUUGUUGUGCACUUUCCACUAAUCUUGUGGGGGAGAGAAGUGUGACGUGCAAUGGGAAUAGGUGUUGGAACCAAUCUACAAGAAGGGUUGCAGGGAGGAUCUGGGGAACUCCAGGCCUGUCAGUCUGACCUCAGUGCCAGGGAAAGUCAUGGAACAGGUGAUCUUGAGUGCUAUCAUGAAGCACAUGCAAGAGAACCGGGUGAUCAGGCCCAGUCAACAUGGGUUCACAAAAGGCAGAUCUUGCCAAACUAACCUGAUCACCUUCUAUGACAAAGUGACUCGACUACUGGAUGGGGGAAAGGCUGUGGAUGGAGUCUUCUUGGGUUUCUGUAAAGCCUUUCACAUAGUUUCUCACAGCAUUCUGCUUCAGAAACUGUCAGCCUCUGGCCUGGACAGGCGCACACUCUCCUGGGUUGAAAACUGUUUGGAUGGCCCAGAGAGCGGUGGUCAAUGGAGUUAACUCCAGCUGGAGGCAGUCACAAGUGGGGUUCCCCAGGGCUCAGUACUGGGUCCAGCCCUGUUCAAUGUCUUUAUCAAUGACCUGGAUGAAGGCAUUGAGUGCACCCUCAGCAAGUUUGCAGAUGACACUGAGGUGGGUGGAAGCGUGGAUCUGCUGGAGGGUAGGGAGGCUCUGCAAAGGGAUCUGAACAGGCUGGAUCGCUGGGCUGAGGCCAAUGGCAUGAGGUUUAACAAGGCCAAAUGCCGGGUCCUGCACUUGGGGAACAACAUACUGCUAGAGGAGAAGAAAGCUGCCUAGAGAAGAAGAACCUGGGCGUGUUGGUUGACAGCCGACUGAACAUGAGCCAGCAGUGUGCCCAGGUGGCCAAGAAGGCCAAUGGCAUCUUGGCUGGUAUCAGAAAUGGUGUGACCAGCAGGUCCAGGGAGGUUAUUCUCCCUCUGUACUCAGCACUGGUGAGACCGCACCUUGAGUACUGUGUUCAGUUCUGGGCCCCUCAUCACAAGAAGGAUGUUGAGGCUCUGGAGCGUGUCCAGAGAAGAGCAACGAAGCUGGUGAGGGGGCUGGAGAACAAGUCUUACGAGGAGCGGCUGAGAGAGCUGGGGUUGUUUAGCCUGGAGAAGAGGACACUGAGGGGAGACCUCAUUACUCUCUACAACUACCUGAAAGGAGGUUGUGGAGAGGAGGGAGCUGGGCUCUUCUCCCAAGUGACAGAGGACAGGACAAGGGGAAAUGACCUCAAGCCUUACCAGGGGAGGUUCAGGCUGGACAUGAGGAAAAAAUUUUUCACGGAAAGGGUCAUUGGUCACUGGAACAGGCUGCCCAGGAAAGUGGAUGAGUCACCUUCCCUAGAGGUGUUUAAGGGAUGGAUGGAUGAAGUUUUGAGGGGCAUGGUUUAGGGAGUGUUAGGAAUGGUUGGACUCGAUGAUCCAGUGGGUCCUUUCCAUCUUAGUGAUUCUAUGAUUCUAUGAUACCCAAAUCCAUUACCAUUAUUAAUAAAAAGGGAACCUGUUUCCUACUGACAUUUCUUGCACGCCAGUCCCACAGCUCUGGCCACAGCUGGGCUCUCAGCCGAGCCCUUUCUCACACAGCUCCAAACACAUCAGGGAUUCAUGGCCUUGUCCCUUCAAACGUGGAGAACGUCCAUGGAUUGGGAUCCCCCAGCUGCCCUGGGUCUUUGCUCAGUGUUUUUCCCUUAAAGAUUUCUCAAAACUCAGCUCUCUCAGCCUCUCCUUGUCCAUAAUGUGCUCCAGCCCCAACCAGCCUUCUGGCCUCAGCAGGACUCGCUCCAGGCUGGGCAGGGUCUUCCUUGUGCUGGGAGCCCCAUCCUGGACACAGCAGCCCUGAUGUGUCCUGUGGUGGGUUAACCUGGAGGAACCUGGAGGCCUUGUGUUCCAUCCACCUCCUUUUCUUUAGCAUUUCCUUUGACCUGACACAAUUAAUUGUGUUUGAAUUCUGUUUCCAGCCUAAAGCCCCCCAUGGGCUGGAGGUGUACCAGGAGACUGGCAGAAGGGUUCCACUCCUCUGGACAAGAAGGUGGACGUUCCCGGGAAUCUGAAGAGCCAUGGCCGACCAUUAGCUGUGUCCAUGGAAAUGGUCAAGUGCCUCCUCUCUGUUUUUCUAACGGGGGCUUAGAUGCUCGGUUCCUGUGUGAACUCUCUGUGGAUGCUGACAUUGACUGAGCAGCCUGGAGUGACCUCAGAGCUGCCCUGCUUGGAGCUGGGCAUGGGACUCGAGAUCACCUGAACUUCCUUAUCCUCAGAAUCGUCCUUUGAGUAGAACAUGUAGAGACCCUCAUCUCCAGCUUUAUCUCUUCUCAUUGGACACGUGGUCAAGACACAGGUUCCUGGAAGGGCUGAUGGGAAAGAGACUGCCGGGAGUCUCUAGUCCAGCCUCCAGACCUCCUGA